AUGGACUAUUCUGUGUAUCAAGAGUACAACCCGGAAGUGAACAAGACGACGAAUUCUGAAAAGAAUGACUUUUCGUUUUACGAAUGUCCAACUGCCGCCGCAUCGAUCCAGGAAUUUGGGGACUAUAGCAAGAGCAACAGCCUAGAUAGCGACCAAGACUACUCGGUCUACGACGUUCCCAGAAUGUCCAUCUCACUGUCUACCGAUGAAGAAGUGCCGACGGUUUCCAUUUUGAACGACGGAAAGGUUGUCGAUAGAGCAAUGGAAGGUGGAAUGGCAAAGAAUGGAGCGACCGAGGGAGGCUCGGUGUCCUUUACUAGAAAGGUAAUUACUGGAGGAUACUUUGGAGGCUCUGAUGCAAUGGUGUAUAGCGGAACGCCGAGACCUAGCCAGGUUCCAAGGACUCUGUUGAAUGGCGCAGAUUCCCAACUAGGAGCGAAUAUAAACUCUGCAAACAUGCAGGGAGGCCGCGUAACAUUUUCUGUUGCUCCACCCGCCUCUCAGCCAAAUGUUGCCGUAAAUGGCAUGGGAGUUGUGAAUACUCCAAUUCAAAUGACAACGACUACACCGAUUGUAAAUACACCAAAAUCAACGAGAUCGGUGCAUACUUUGGAUUUAAAUGGUGGAUACACUGAAGGAGUUACCGUAGAGGGUUCCUAUAAUGUGCAUUCACCAGCGCCAGUUUCUGGACUUAAUGCCAUGCCUGCCUUUAAUGUAUUGCCCGUGCAGGGCAUUACUAUGACCAAUGGAUCACCAAUUUCCAUCAGCGGUAUGACAAUACCCAUGCCCGCAAAUGGCGUCAAGGUGGAGGAGAACAAGCAGCCCAUUAUCACCUCGCCGUCAGUAAAGGACUAUUCAAGAGCAGUUAAAUCUAGCGGCAAGUCGGAAACUACCUUUGUUCAAGAAGGCUUUGACACUAUUUGCGUGCCAAGGUACAGACCAGUGGAGAUUGUAGAAAAGAGAAUAGAGGUCCCUGUGGUUCACCACGUGGAUACAUUUGUACCCAAGAGGGAGAUUCAGGAGAUUGAAAAUAUUGUCAAGAAACCAUACACCAAGGUUGUGGAUAAAAUUGUAGAGGUUCCACAGAUUCACUAUACCGACAAGAUUGUAGAGGUUCCAGAGUAUCAUGAAGUUGUAAAGUCUGUGCCAAAGAUUGAGGUGCAAGAAAGGACAAAGUAUGUCCCCAAGGUCCAGGUAAAGGUGGUGCCCAAGUAUGUCGAGGUGCCCGUUGUCAAGUUUGUCGAUCGGUAUGAAGAAGUUGAAGAGGUGGAGGAAGUAGUCAAGCACGUCGAAAAGGUGGAGGUUGUAGAGGUGCCCAAGGAAGUUGUAAAGCACGUUGUAAAACCCGUCAAGAAAAUUGUUGAGCAGGAACGAAUUAUUCCAGUUAUAGAGCAUCGGGAUGUUCCGGUAGAAAAGGUGAAAUUCGUACCAAAGAUUGAAACCGUGGAACUAUUGCGCCAGGUGCCAAAAGUUAUCGAUGUACCUGUCCCUUAUAAUGUCCCCAAGGUUGAAUACGUGGACCAGCCAUAUAUUGUGCCAAAGUACCGAGAUAUACCGGUUGCAGUACCAGUAAUGAAGCGUGUUCAUCCAGUGAUUAAACAAGAAAAUGUAGAAUACGUUGAUGUGCCAGUUCAUCGACCAUAUUUUGUGAUUCAUGAUCACUUGAAUUUUAAAGAUUAUUCAAAGGACACCAAGGAAAACUUGCGAGUUGUCAAUGUCAACCAAGUGAAUUUGGAAACUGUGGAUGAAGCCUUUAGACAAGAAUGCCAGGACAUUCUCAAUAGAGCAACAAAUAGUGAAACCUUUGCAGUCUAUAGGUGA